AUGAUUCAAUUAUUAGAGAAGUACAUUAGUAAAUUAAAUGCCACUAAAGUUAAUUUUACCGAUUCAAAUAUGUUAAAAACAUGCGUGAAGGGUAUUUUUGUUUCUCAUAGAAGAGGAUUAAGACGUUUGAGACCAACCCAGUCAAUUAUAAAAAUAAACAAUGUAACAGACAGUGAAACAGCUUCUGCUUACAUUAAUAAUGCUAUAAUGUUUUGUUAUAGAAAUAAAGAUGGUAAGACAAUAAGAAUUAAUGGUUUUAUUAGAGCUACUCAUGGAAACAAAGGUGCAGUUAGAGCAACAUUUGAAAGAAAUUUAAACCCUCAGUGGAUUGGUAGAGAAGUUUUUAUUAAACUUUAUAAACAUUAA